AUGGCGUCCUCGAGCCUGCAAAGCGCUUCUAACUAUCUCAACAACCUUCUUCUAGCGCGAGGACUUCUUCAAGAUGGCCAAGCCAUCGAGUUUGCGCGGCCAACGCAAAGCAGCGACUCAGACCAAACCAUGGCCCGUGUCAUCAAUCUUGUUCACGAGCUCGUGCUCCGUCGCGAUAGGGAUGCCGAGCAACGCGAGUCUCUAGUAUCGACGAUCCGGAUAAUGCGCGCCGACGAGAACCGGAGAGUCCUCGAUAUGCAGAAGGUGCAAGAUAAGAAUGCCGAAUUGACGCGCAAUCUAACGACUGUCGAGGCGCAGCAACGGACGCUCAAGGCAGCAGUUCAGAAGGCCGAGGGCCAGGCGAAAGAGCUCAGGGAACAAAUGCUGAAGAUGAAGUCCACGCUGGACCAGGUUCGCGCCCGAUGUGUCAGCGAUGUCCGGAAGCGCGACGUGGAGCUUGAGAAGCUCAAAGGCCACCUUUCGAGCAUGCAACGGGGGAAGCGAGAGGCCUCUGGCAUGAAGAUCAAUACCAUAAAUCCGCAACCAGUCCGAGCGCGAGGUGGUAGUGCUCAGGACGUCAACAGCACAGGCUGGACUUUGGAGAAGGAGACCAACGACUUUUUAGCGGCCAUUGUUAACGAGACGAGCACCGAGAACGUUGCUCUACGGAACCUAGUUGCCCGGACAAUGGACACUCUCCGCGAUCUGACUGGUAUGGAACAAGAGGCAGAAGAGCAAGACAACGCCAUAGGCAUACCUGGACAAUACCGUAACCGCCAAUCCACCGAUGACAGCAUUGUGUCCUGCUCGACCCUCGAAACACACAUGACUGCCAUUUUGUCACACUGCCAGUCUAUUCUCAAAGAUCCAUCCUUCGUGCCUAUCGAGGAAGUACAAAUACGAGAGGAGGAAAUCAUCAAGCUCCGCGUGGGCUGGGAAAAGAUGGCUGGGCGCUGGAAAGCGGCGGUCACGAUGAUGAGUACUUGGCGACAGAAGAUGCUGGAAGGAGACAGCAUGAACGCACACGAACUCAGCGACUUGAGCUUCGGGAAGUCGGUCGCAAUGCUGCCUAAUGGACAGCCUGUGCUCGGCACCGAAGACGAAGAGCUCUCUAGCAUGAUGUACGACCACAAGAGCGAGCUCGCUGCUACCGAGGAAGUCGCAGAUGGUGCCGAGGAUCGCUUUGAUGACGAAGACGACUCAGACCUCGACAUACCUCCCGAACCAUCACCAAAGCGUCUCGCCGCCUCGCCGGCCAGGAGAGGCAUCAAACUCCCUGGAGUUCUACAAGAGGUUGGGAACACGAAAGCCGCCAAAGCGCCGAGCUCGUUCAUCGAUUCUCUGGACGGUAUCCUGGACGAGAACACGCGACCGAUACCUGUGUCCAAGUCUAAAAUCCCUCGCCAGCCGUCCGUGAGUAAUAGGAAACCAUCACUCUCCGUGGCGGAGAAGCUGGCAGAAGUGGAAGCAGAGGCCAAGGCUGCGGAGGCGGAGAGAGCGCAAGAGGUCACACACAAGCGGAAGCCGAAGCCGAAACGGUCGGAGAAGAGCCGCAGGAGGAGCACGCUUAGUCCUGAGGAGUUGGCGCAGUUGAUGGGCGUCAGGUAG